UGGGUAUGGCGUGGCCUGAAGUCAGUGGCGUAUGUCCUUCAAGUCUCGGUCUUUCUUCUUUUUUCCCCUCUCUCUCGCACUCUCUUUCUCAUCGCCGUUCGCGUUGCUGUAAUUAGGGAACCAUUUGUAAGCUUUCUCUGAGCUUUUCGGCGUCACCCUCUGUCAUGGCUAACAAGCACACUAUCAUUUUGAUGCAAACUUCUCAGAACAGAGCAACUAGAACAUUCAUGGAUUAUGCUUCGAUAAGUCAAGCUAUAGAUGGUAUAUGCGGACUAUAUGAGAGGAAGCUGAAGGAGUUAAAUCCAGCAAUUAGAAACAUAUCCUAUGACAUUGCAGAUCUCUACAACUUCAUUGAUGGUCUUGCAGACAUGAGCGCUCUAGUUUAUGAUCACUCGAUUCAGGCAUACUUGCCAUACGACAGACAAUGGAUAAAACAGCGAACGUUUCAACACCUAAAGAAAUUGGCCCAUUAAAUCACAUAUAAAGUUUGAUGAUGACGCAGCAGCUUACUUCCAUUAUUACUACUAGCAAAGAGGAUUUAGAUAUGAAGUGUAUAAUUUGAACCUUAUGUGGGAUUUGGUUCUUAUGGUGUGCUGUUUAGAAUGGGAAUUUGCACUCUCUUUUGUUUUUACAUAUAUAACCAGUAAUGUAAUGGCUUUCUGCUUAAGUUUUAGUAUGCUUGGAGAGCUCGGCUUUGUACCAAAAUCUGUACUCUGUGUAACAUUCAUUGUUGGUCCGUAUAUAAUGGACCGCAGUUGAUGAACCUUGCCAGAUUAUAGAUAAAAUCUAUCAUACUGCAUUGGGAUUGCAGUCGUGAUUUUACAUUUAAUUUAGGAUGGUAUUGCCCCAUUUUCUUUUCAAGCAAUAAUACGCGUUAUUGUGAAUAUUA